GAUCCCGCUCAUUCAUCCCCAUUCCCACUCACUCCUCGCCGGAGCAACCGCCGCCGACACUCUCCGCCGCCAUCUCCGAUUCCUCAUACACCACUUCCCACCCUGAAUCAUCAAAACGCGCCAUUCAAAUUCGAAGGAUUUGAAUUUUGAAGCAGUGAAGCAGGGACUGGUGGUGGUGGUGAUGGCGGACUCCGACAACGAAUCGGGAGGGACGCACAACGCCGGAGGAAACGGCGGCGAGCUUUCAUCGCCGAGGGAGCAGGACAGGUUUCUGCCGAUAGCGAACGUGAGCAGGAUCAUGAAGAAGGCACUUCCCGCAAACGCGAAGAUCUCGAAGGACGCGAAGGAGACGGUGCAGGAGUGCGUGUCGGAGUUCAUAAGCUUCAUCACCGGCGAAGCCUCCGACAAGUGCCAGAGGGAGAAGCGGAAGACGAUCAACGGCGACGACUUGCUGUGGGCCAUGACAACUCUCGGGUUCGAGGACUACGUGGAGCCUCUCAAGGUGUACCUGCAGCGGUUCAGGGAGAUUGAAGGGGAGAGAACCGUCGCCGCAAGGGAUAAGGAUUCGGUGGCGAUUUCAUCCUCCGGCGGCGGAGGGUACGAGUACGGUGCUCCGAUGGGGAUGAUGAUGCAUCAUCAGGGACACGUGUACGGCUCUGGUGGGUUCCAUCAAGUGCCUGUGACUGGUGUUAGUGGUGGUGCUCCUGUUAUGGGUAAGGGUGGGCCUGGUUAUCCUUCUCCUGGAUCUAGUGCGGGUAGACCCAGGUAGACUCAGUGUGGACCAGUUUUUUUUUUUUUAAUUUAAUUUUUUUAAUUUGAAUUUAAAAUCAUAACAUGCAAGAGCAAGACUAAAAAUGGUUAAUUUGGGGGGUUUAAUUUGUGUUACAUGAAAAAAAGAAAAAGAAAAAUAAGGAUUAAUUGAAUUCUAAUGUAAUUGGUGUUAAUUUGGGUGGAAGACACUCUGUAAAGUAAGUAAGACACAUGUGAAGCUGGAAGUGGGGUUUAGAAGUAAUUAAUGUAACUGUUGUAUGACUAUGAUAGAAAUAGUGCUUCACUGUUUUUUUUUCUUUCUCUCUUUAUGUACCUACCAUCAACCAUGUGUAUUAUUUUACCUCCAAAUUGUUAAAUAUUUGCUCUUGUUGUCAAUUGAAAUCAAUUACAAGUUUAUGUUUC